AUGAAGUUUUUCAUGAUGCGAAAAGGUGAGCUUAUCUUUUUUUUCAAAAUAUCUGCUUUUUUAAUUUUUUUAUGGAUGAAUCAUUAUAUGAACGAUGUGGUAAGUUCUUCUGUUUUUGAAAGGGAGAGUAACGUACAUAUGAAUAGAAUAAUUGGAAUAGGCAGAUUAUUGGCAAAAAAUGAAAUUCAGAAGAAAUUAAAACAAAACGGAUUGUCUGAAAUAAAUUCUAUUUAUGGGAAAAAUAAGAAAACAAUAAAUGAAGAAUAUUACAAAACUACCUGUAAAAAAAAGGAGGCAUUAAAUCAUUUGGAUGCUUAUAUGCAAACAUAUGAACCUAGAUAUGCUAAAAAGAAAGGAAUAUGGAAGUUUGAUUGUUCUUGUGAAAAAAAAAUAUUCGAUAUAAUGGAUAGAAUUAAUAGACCAAGAAAAAUUUAUAAUGAAACUUUUGAAAAAAAAUUGCGCUCGAAUUACGCACUAAGUUUUAUUAUUACUUCUCUUUUUGUUGUAAUUGUUGUAAUUUUCCCCUUGAUAAAACACAUUGUAGAUUAUUUGACAAAAAACAUGCUUCAAAUUUUUAUGAAACCUGAAUUAUCAAUAAUACGCCCUGUCUUUUUUAUAUUAUUGUCAUUUAUAUUUCUGGAAGCUAUAAUUUACAUAACGAUGAAAAUUAUAAAGUAUGAAAAUUUAAAAAGGAAUACUGGUGGAAUAGAUUCUAGUUUAUAUUGUAAAUUCUAG